CUCUUGACUUUUCCGUCCAUCUCAGCUCGGCGUCACUACCACCAUCCUUUUUAACCAGGACAACAUGGCUACUGCAGCGAGCCGUUACUACAGCGAAGACGGCAGGGCAACGAAACGACAGAAAACCGACGGAAUGGCCACGGGAUAUGAAGAUCCUCACAAAACCCUUCCAUCUGUGGUGGUGCACGUCCGGGGACUUGUGGACGGUGUUACCGAGGCGGACCUUGUAGAGGCUUUACAAGAAUUCGGGACAAUCAGUUAUGUUGUGGUAAUGCCCAAGAAGCGCCAGGCACUGGUUGAAUACGAGGAUAUGAAUGGGUCAUCCACAGCUGUAACUUAUGCUGCAGACAACCAGGUUUACAUCGCAGGCCACCCGGCCUUUAUCAACUACUCCACGAGCCAGAAGAUCUCCAGGCCGGGAGACUCUGACGACUCCAGAAGUGUCAACAAUGUUCUUCUGCUCACCAUCAUGAACCCCAUCUACCCCAUAACCACGGAUGUUCUCUACACCAUCUGCAACAACUGUGGGCCUGUUCAGAGAAUCGUCAUCUUCAGGAAGAACGGAGUCCAGGCCAUGGUUGAAUUCGACUCUGUGCAAAGCGCCCAGCGAGCGAAAGCAUCACUCAAUGGAGCCGACAUCUACUCUGGCUGCUGCACGCUGAAGAUCGAGUAUGCCAAGCCGACUCGUCUGAAUGUGUUCAAGAAUGACCAGGACACCUGGGACUACACAAACCCCAACCUCGGAGGCCCAGAUGGUGACGCAGAUGGCAAUGGCAGCAAUUCAGACGACGUGAACGCCAACCCAAACAAGCGCCAGAGACAGCCCGCUCUGCUCGGCGACCAUCCUCCAGAGUACGGCGGUGGUUACCAUGGCUACGACGAGAGCUACGGGUCCCCACCCUACGAGGGCCGUCGCAUCGGGCCACCGAUGAGAGGCCGCGGUGGUAGAAGUUACGGGCCAGGGUACGGACCUCCCCCUCCUCCUCCCGGCGAGUACGGUGGCCACGCCGAGUCCCCGGUGGUCAUGUUGUACGGACUGGACCCCGCAAAGAUGAAUGCCGACCGGGUCUUCAACAUCUUUUGCCUCUAUGGAAAUGUAGAGCGGGUGAAGUUCAUGAAGACUAAGCCCGGGGCCGCCAUGGUGGAAAUGGGAGACUGUUAUGCGGUGGACCGUGCUAUCAACAACCUGAACAACAACUUUCUCUUUGGACAGAGAAUGAAUGUGUGUGUGUCCAAGCAGCAGGCCAUUGUACCCGGUCAGUGCUACGAGCUGGAAGACGGAACGAGCAGUUUCAAGGACUUCCACGGAUCCAGGAACAACCGCUUCACGUCCCCGGAGCAGGCGGCCAAAAACCGCAUUCAGCACCCCAGCAACGUGUUGCACUUCUUUAACGCCCAGCCAGACGUCACACCUGAGAUUUUCUCCCAGAUCUGUGAAGAGAUCGGGGUCAAGAACCCCGUCAACGUCAAAAUGUUCACAGGAAAGAGUGGUGCGGCGCCCAGUGACCGCAGUGCGUCAGGUCUGCUAGAGUGGGAGUCCAUCAAUGAUGCCAUGGAGGCCCUGGCCUUGAUGAACCACUACCAGAUGAAAAACGCAUGUAUGUAUACAACCCAGGAAUGUACUGCUGCUUCUGAAGAGCAGGAAAUCCCAACGAUAACUGAGGAGGAAGGCAACCAUGUGACCUUUGAAACAGUGAAAAAAGCUGUGCCUAGAUCUGGUCCGUACCCCUACACCCUCAAACUGUGCUUCUCCACCGUUCAGCACGCCAACUGAGCGCGCCCCUGAAGCCAGGGAGACGACGACGAAGAAGAUUGGUCCGCCAUUCCCAAGUUCACAUGUACUUAGCGACGCACCUGGGGGAAAUUAAUUUCAAACACGCCUCAAUAUGUUAAAAUAUAUCUCCUCAUACUUGUGUUUAGAGUUUUACCACAAUCAUAACAAAGCCCGAUCCGUCAUUGGACAUGUUUGGAUAUUUAUGCCCCAGAUGUGGUUUAAAGUACGAGUACCUGUGUCUUCAAUAUUCAGUUUUUAUUUCUUUUUGUAUUCUGCUUCUACAGAAACCGGACGUGUGAGAAAAGCCUGUUUGGAGAGAGUUGAUUUUAUGCUCAGGUGGUUCAGUGGCCACGCUCGUCGUGGUUUUGUAAAAGAUUUUUUUGUCUUUUUUGAACUUUUAAUGGCUCUCUCUUUAUUAUUUUUCUGUUGUGUUUAUUUUUAAUUGCUUCAUUUUAAGUUCUGUGUCUCCGUGUCUGAUACGCAGUUGGAUCGUUUUGUUCUAAGAAAAUAAAAAAAAAAUCAAUUUCA